AAGAAAUCCGAUCCUCUUAUUCCGUCCAUUCUGGAGCGAUGCACGAGGACAAACAGGUCCAGAACUGCUCUAAUGCAUAUAGAAAAUAUAUUUAAGCAUAAACAAACCCAGGAUCACUCCAUAAUCAAACAGUCAACUCUCAGAAAUCCAGUCAUUGGCGAGUUGUUUAGUAUGCAAUUUCUGCUCCUUCUUGUUCUACUUGCAGGCACUGAGCUUGCUCGUGCUGUUCCCGCCGAUAAGGCUAUUCGCCAGGCCACCAAUGGGCCCGACCCAGGUACCAUCGUCUGGAUUUGUUCCGAUAUUCCUGAUGUCUGCAUGAACAUGUGUUAUGGGGCUUAUUGCCGUAAUUAUGGGACAUCGCUUAAUUGGGACAAUUACACUGGAAACUCGAAGGACGUCCGUGCGAAUAAUGCUGGCUGCGGCCGGAACAACCACUGCUCGACUGAUCCCCCAACUGAUGAUCAACAAUGUAUCUCAGACGAGUACCCAUUCGGAAGCACUAGUGACGCAGACCGUACCGAUAGAGAUGGAGCCGUUAAUCGAUGUGUACCCCGAAGCCAGAACGCCCGUCAAGGUGCCUACCUCCGCCAACUCUACAGAUCCGAAGGCAAUUGGCGCGACGGCCAAGGCCUGAACAACAACCCGCCCGCUCGCUUCUCACAGACUUUCUCCAAGGCAGGCGACCUACAUUUCUGCCGAGGCGAUGGCUCAGACUGCGACAAUGACGGGUUCCAAUUCGAUAAUAACGGCUUGAUUGGUGGCAGUGGUUCUAAGAAGCGGGCACCGGCCGUCCACCACGAACAUAACACAUAUCGCCUGCGGAGCGGUAGGGAGAUUACUGUUCCAGAUGAGUUCGAGUCGGGACAUAAGGUUCUCCUUCCGAGUGCACAUAAUGCGACUCUCUUCCAUGAACAUACGGAGAGGCAUGUACGGGAUCUUGAUGCGGGCCAUGAGCAGUAUGAUUAUAUGUUGGAGAAUCUAUACCUGGAGGAAGAUUACGUGGAGAAGCAGCUUUAAACUAUUAGCCGAAUGCUGUCUACAGACAAGGAACAGUAUUCUUGUUGCCGU